CAAACUAAAACCACCAGCUCACACGUAAACCUCGCCGCUUAAACCGCCUGCUAAUCCCGGUGCGCGCCGUGCGUAGUGGACGACAGCCGAGAGCGCAUUGAACAUGCCCGGGAAACAGAGCACCGCCGUCGCGUCCACGUCCCAGCGCACUCCACAGUCUCCCCGGCUGCGCACCGAGGCCUGCCGCCUGCGUCUGCCUGAGAAAAGCGAGAGGAUAAACGUGCGAGGUGACGAGGAGUCCUCCUCGAUCCCACCCCCAUUCUUCGAUCGUCAACGGUUUCUCUGGCUUACGCGGCAGGGCAGCGGCCAUCGUGAUCUCACCUCGCCCCCUUGCGCCCUCCCCGUUCAGUUCCUCUGGCCUCCUUCCCGGAACGGGGCCAGCCUCCUGCGCGCGAGGGUUUCCUCUGAAGAAAAGAGGAAAAUGAAGUUCUCUUGGUUUUAGCCCACAGGUUCAGAAAAGGAGAAGCUCCUGAGGUUGCUCAUUGUUUUUGCUUAAUCUCUGGCCUCUGGCCUCUGGCUAGCAUUUCUCUCCAACGCUGGUUGCUUGUCUCCGUCUGAUCCAACGAAUUAAUACAGGUUCUCUUCAAGGGGAGGAGGUCACAAAGAUGGAGAAUAAUAAUGAUGGAAUGUUUGGUACACCUGAGCAUAGCUCACAUCCUAAGGUUCACAGCUUGAUGUGCAGUGAGUUGAAAAUGAUGUUGGAUAAAGUUACUUCUAUUCUUCCAUCAAUAGAAGCGGCUCAACCAGGAUGUAAAGCUGGCAUAGAGGAACUAUGCAAUCUAUACAGCAUAGUUGACAAAGGGAAACUUAUAAUCCAGAACUGCAUUGAGUGUAGUAGUCUUUAUUUGGCUAUUACAGGAGAAGCAACAGCAAUGCGAUGCGAAAGGAUUAGAAACUCGAUGAGGCGGAGCUUGUUCCUGAUUCAGAAUAUGGUCCCGUCUAUGUUGGCUGAUCAGGUUGCUGAUGUACAUAAUGAUCUCCGAAAUAUGAAAUUCCUUGUUGAUCCAGCAGAAGAAGAAGCUGGAAAAGCGGUCUUGAAGAUGCUUCGACAUUCGGAUGCAACUGAAGAACUUGAAAUGCAUACAUUCCUUCUAGCAUGUUCAAAGUUAAAUCUGACAUCACAGAAAGCUAUGUUAAUCGAAAGACGGGCAAUCAAGAAAUUACUAGAUAAGAUCAACGGCAACGAUCCCAAAAAGGAAGGUAUCCUCAGUUUUUUCCUGUAUCUAGUCAGGAAGUACGGAAAGAACAGCAAGCCUGAGACAGGUGCAAAGAAUGGAACUGCGAGUGAAACUACAUGCACAAAUGUAAUUUCUAGUGACACCGGUGCACACAGAAAAUGCAUUCCAGGUGUGAACUCUGGAACAGGGAGAUAUGAUGAUCAGAAUAAUUUGUCAGGACUUGCUACACCACCUCCAGAGCUCUGCUGCCCAAUAUCUAUGAAGCUGAUGCAUGAUCCUGUGAUAAUAGCCUCUGGACAAACUUAUGAAAGAGAAAAUAUCGAGAGGUGGUUCAGUAAAGGAUACGAUACUUGUCCUAGGACACAAGUAAAGUUAGAAAACUUUACAAUAACUCCAAAUACUUGUAUGCAGGCUGUUAUUUACAACUGGUGCAAAGAACAGAAGCUUGAAUGCACUUAUUUGCCCGAGCAAUUUCAUAAUUACUCCCUAUCAAGUUUGCACGAUAUCUCGGCGCCCCUGAUUGCUCACAAAAACUUUGAUUACAUGGUCGAGCAUAGCGGUUCAUCAGUUGCAUUAUCUGGUGCUAGUUACUUAUCAUCCCCGGUCAGGGAAACAGAUGUGCCAAAAACUAGUUUUACCCGGUUUUAUUCAAAUGUCAAUUGCCAGUUGUAUCUGUCCUUCUGCAACUUUGAUAAGGAAAUGUUUCUGAAUUUGUUUCAAGAACUCUCAGAGCUCCCGGUGGAACUGCAAAGGCAGUCUGUCAAAGACUUAAAAGCUGUCCUGAAUAGUGAAAAUGAGGUUUGGCAGUCCAUGAUCUCCAAUGGCUUUUUAGAAGCAUUCCUUGAAUUUCUUAAGAAUGACAAUCUCAGAAGCACAUUACAAGCUCAGAAAACUGGAAUUUAUUUUUUCCUUACGUUUCUUUGCAAUAGCAGGACUAGAAUUUUAUCUAUCACUGAAGAUGCAGUGCGGCUGAUUGUAUCGCUUGUUGAUUCUGAGUUAAAGCUGGAAGCUUUGCUGAUACUUCAUGAACUGCUGCAUCAUCCAAUUUGUCGGGAAUCUCCUCUCAUGGCCUCGCUUGUGGCUCCUUCUGUGAUUGUAGCUUUGGAUACUGGAGACAAUGAGUGCUUGCAGCUCGCUCUAAAGAUGAUCUGCGAACUGUCAUCCAGUAAUGACGUAAAAUCCUUACUUAUUUCUCCAGGCAUAAUUGCCAAGCUGUCUACAUUGCUCAGUGAAGUAAGCUUGACCGAGUAUUGCCUGAAGAUUAUGCGGAACUUAUGCGAAGUGAAACAAGCUGCUGAUCUUAUCAUCAGAUCAGAGCAUUAUAUCGGUUCAAUUUCAGAUCAUCUAGACACAGGAAGCCGCAGUGAGCAGGAGCAUGCAUCUGUUAUCCUUCAUACGGUAUGUUCCCGCAGCACCGAGGCGGAUCGUUUUCUUGUGAUGAAGGAAGGUGUCAUACCUGCCCUUGUUGAUCUGUCGGUUUAUGGAACUGAGGUGGCAAAAGCGUCUUCAAUCAAGCUGCUUCAAAUCUUGGGGGGCUCAGGGGUAGCUCAUGCUGCUGUCGAUGGUGGAGUAGAGAGCUCACCCAAUGGGUCGAUCUGCAAACAGCCGAUAUCCAAAUCUGCUCGGUAUAUCUCAAGAAAGCUCAGCAUUUUCUCAAAACCCCGGUCACGAAAUGUCCUCUGAGAACUUAGUGAUUUUUUGUUUUUUUGAGAAUCAGAACUUUGUGAAUUUGACAACACUGACCACCUGAUGCAAAUGGGAGCGGGUAGUCGUGUCCAAAUGAAAUGCUUAAUGUGGGUACUUUUUUGACCGAAAUGUAUUUGACUAGAGUUUGUAUUUGCACAUGUUCUUGUCUUUCUUUGCUAGGGUAAGAAAAGGGGGGUUUAGCUCAUAGGUCUUGUGUCAAAAAGGCUUGCACUCUGAUGCAUGCUGUUCCGUGUAACAGAUACCUGGAACGUGUGUUGAUCACAGAAAUUCCAUGGGAGAUUUUUCA